AUGAAUACCACAGCAUCGCAUCCAAACGCAACCACCACAAUUGUCCCACUGGUAACGCUUCAACCUAGCAACUCUACCAACGACGAAGCCUACAUCGGGUUCAUAGCAGCCACCAUUGCAUGUGUUUUCUUCGGAACCAACCUUGUGCCUGUCAAGAGAGUAGAUACGGGUGAUGGUAUGUUCUUCCAGUGGGUGUUCUGUUCGGCAGUCUGGUGUGUAGGUUUGGUAGUGAACGUCAUCCAGGGUUAUCCCACCUUUUACCCCAUCUCCAUGUUGGGAGGAUUUCUAUGGUGUACAGGUAAUGCAGUGACUGUACCGAUCCUGAAGACAAUAGGAUUGGGGAUGGGGAUGCUGUUCUGGGCUUCUGCUAACCUCCUGACGGGCUGGUUCAGCGGGAGGUUCGGCUGGUUCGGACUGAAGCCCCAGGAUAGGUUCACCUGGCCGGCGCUGGACUAUGUUGGGGUGGCGCUAGGCUUUCUCAGACCCAUCCUGUUUUCAUUUGUGAAAAGUGACGUCAUGGACAAGCCGGCGACCGAGCGCUCUCCAUUACUAGCAGGACAAACAACAGAGUCCUACCAGGGCACUAUCAACACCCGAUAUGGAAGGGACACUACUACUGCACAUGAACAGUCGGAUCACUCUUGGGUAGACAUCCUUUCUCCUGUGCAGAAAAGAAUACUAGGCAUCUUAAUGGCGUUAUUUGCUGGCAGUAUGUACGGUUUUAAUUUCGCACCGGUGCUUUACGCGCAGCAGCACUACGAAGGAGCCACGGACAAUGGACUGGACUAUGUUUUUGCCCACUUCUCCGGUAUCUAUGCUACAUCUACUCUAUACUUCAUCCUGUACGCCAUCUACAUGAAGAACAGACCUAAAGUAUUCCCCAGAGCCAUUCUCCCUACUCUUCUAUCCGGAGCCAUGUGGGGCAUCGCACAGACUGCGUGGUUUGUGGCCAAUCAGAGGCUACAGGAGAGUGUCAGCUUUCCCAUAAUUACAACGGGCCCAAGUCUUAUUGGGGCGUUAUGGAGUGUUUUAUACUUCCGAGAAAUUAAGGGCACCAGGAAUUUACUGAUACUUUCUGUGGCAAUGAUUGUGACUGUCUCCGGAGCUGUGUUGACUGGACUAUCUUACUAAGACAUAACAAUGCGUUAUGUCAGUAUCACAGACUGUAAAGUUUUCAUCAUAAUGGUUAAGGUAUCGAGGCGUAGAAUGAACGACUGGAAAGGCAAGCCAAGCAAUAUACAUAGUAAUCAACCGUAAUAAAAAAA